UGAGACAAAGUCUCUGUUACCCAGGCUGGAGUUCAGUGGCAUGAUCUCAGAUCACUGCAAACUCUGCCUCCCAGACAAUUCUCCUGUUUUAGCCUCCCAAGAAGUUGGGGAUUAUAGUCCAGUGCCACCACCCCCAACUAAUUUUUUUUGUAUUUUUAGUAGAGAUGGGGUUUCACCAUUUUGGCCCAGCUGGUCUUGAACUCCUGCCAUCGGGUUGUAGCAGGAUGAGCCACAGACAAAACUUCUCAGACACUGAGUUGUAGAAGGAAGGGCUUUAUUCAGCUGGGAGCAUAGGCAAGCUACUGUCUUAAAAUCCGAGCUCUCUGAGUGAACAAUUUCUGUCCCUUUUAAGGGCUCACAACACUAAAGAUUUCACAUUAAAGGGUAGUGAUUGAUUUGAGCAAGCAGGGGGUAUGUGACAGGGGGUGCAUGCACUGGUGGUCAGAGUGAAACAGAACAGAACAGGAGGUUUCACAAUGUCCUUCCAUACAAUGUCUGGGAUCUAUAGAUAACAUCAGUUGCUAGGUCAGGGGUGGAAUUUUAAUUACUAGGUUUAGGCCAGGCAGGCCGAGGCCUGGUUUCAGGUCUGGUUUUAGGUCUGAUGCCUGGCACCGGGAUGCCUGCCUUUGGUUUCACUUCCUUGUUUUUUUCUUAAAACAGGUACUGAGUAUAAAACAAUAUAAAACAAUAUAAGAGGGUCUCUCUCUCUUCCCUCAUUUCCCCCCUUUGAGAGUCUCACUUUUUAUUAGUGGGAAUUCUCACUCUUAUUUUUGCUACUUAUGUCUUUUUGUGUAACAGAUUGAUAGUGAUUCAUAUAGUACACUUGUGCUGAAGCAUUUUGGUGAACUAAAAUAGUGAUGAAGCUUUUUAUCGUUUGAAGAAGUACAGGUAGCAAACAAGGCAGCAGUAAGCAGGUUUCUAUUACUAUAAUAACUCCUAUUAUAAGAGUUUUAAAUCCUCCUAGUGCUGGGAACUACUUUCUAAACAUGGCAUCAGGGUUGAAUCCAUGCUACACUUGUACGGGCACAUGUGUCAGUUUUGUCUUUUUUUUUUUUUUUUUUUUUGAGACGAAGUCUUGCUCUGUCGCCCAGGCUGGAAUACAGUGGGUUGAUCUCGGCUCACUGCAAGCUCCCCCUCCCAGGUUCACGCCAUUCUCCUGCCUCAGCCUCCGGAGUAGCUGGGACUACAGGCACCCACCACCACACCCUGCUAAUUUUUUGUAUUUUUAGUAGAGACGGGGAUUCACCGUGUUAGCCAGGAUGGUCUUGAUCUCCUGACCUUGUGAUCCACCCACCUCGGUCUCCCAAAGUGCUGGGAUUACAGGCUUGAGCCACCACGCCUGGCCCGUUUUGUCAUAUUUUAAACUAUGUCUUUAACUACUUGCCUUUGAUUAUCUAUGUGUAGACAGUAAGUAGUAAGGAUAAAUUUCUUUUUUUUUUUUUUUUGAGAUGGAGUCUUGCUCUAUCACCCAGGCUGGAGUGCAGUGGCAUGAUCUCAGCUCACCGCAAGCUCCACCUCCCAGGUUCAUGCCAUUCUCCUGCCUCAGCCUCCCGAGUAGCUGAGACUACAGGUGCCCACCACCACGCCUGGCUAAUUUUCUGUAUUUUUUUUUAUAGUGGGAUUACAAGCGUAAGCCACCAGGCCUGGCCUAUUUUAUUAUUAUUAUUAUUAUUAUUUGAGACAGUCCUGCUUUGUCGCCCAGGCUGGAGGGCAGUGGGGUGAUCUCGGCUCACUGCAACCUCUGCCUCCCACGUUCAAGUGCUUCUCCUGUAUCAGCCUCUAGAGUAGCUGGGACUACAGGAGCCCACCACCACACCCUGUUAAUCUUUGUAUUUUUAGUAGAGACAAGGUUUCACCACAUUGGCCAGGUUGGUCUCCAAACUCCUGAGCUCAAGUGAUCCACCCACCUUGUCCUCCCAAAGUCCUGGUGUGAGCCACCUCACCCAUCCCCUCUUCACUAAUUUUUAAUUUACCUAAUGAAUUCUGAUUUUGAACCCAUGUAUUGAGUUUUUUCAUUUAGUUACUCUAUUUUUAGCCCAAGAGUUUCUGUGUAGUUCUUCAUAAUUGCUGUAUGUUGGUUGACGUUUGAAUUUUCUUCAUGCAUUGCUUUUAUAGUUUCUUGAAGCUGUCUCUUAUUUCAAUGCAUUUCCAACUUUUUGGUGGAUGUGGGUAACGGGGUCUCACUAUGUCCCCCAGGCUGGAGGGCAGUGGUGCGAUCUUGAGUCACUUCAACCUCUGCUCUCCAGGGUCAAGCGAUCCUCCCACCUCAGCCUGGUGAGUAACUGUGGAUGUGUCCUCUCUAGGUUUUUGCUUCUCAUCUCUGAACUGAAGUUGAUUUAAGUGUGUGUGGAUGUGGUCUGAAGUGUGCAGGAGAGAUUAAUGGAGAAGCCCAACAUGGUGAAACCCAGUCUCUACUAAAAACAGAAAACAAUUAGCCAGGCGUGGUCGCACUGGCCUGUAAUGGCAGCUACCUGGCAGACUGGGGCAGGAGAACUGCUUGAACCCGGGAGGUGGAGGUUGCAGUGAGCCGAGAUAGCGCCAGUACACUCCAGCCUGGGUGACAGAGCUAGACGCUGUCUGAAAAAACAACAGCAACAACAAACAAACAACUAAAAAAAAAAAGGUUAUUCUGUAAAUAAUUAGGAAGACUAAGCAGCCCCAGAGUUAAGACCUUUCGGCAUCAUUGUCCCUUCUUAUGGAGUGAUAAAGUAACCUUCCUUGAAGUGUAUCAACCCAUCACCAGUCAAGUUGCUGCACCCUAUGCACUGGUCUUGAAUGGAAAAUGUGUUGAUUCUGGUAAAGCUUCUCUGUCUUUUCCUAUGUGUGUAAAAUCUUAACGUCUCCACCUGAGAACGCUGAUCCCAUUCAUUUGAAGUUGAUGUUUCCAGGUGGCUAUUUGCAAGCUUUGUGUUCAAACUCUGCACUUAAUCAUAUAUUCUAAAUUUUAUUAUUUACCUCUGACAUCAGUGUCUGUCGUAUUGUAGGAGCCUCACCAGAGAGGGCACCUGUCCCCAUGUUGUAAAACUCACACUUGUCAAAAAGACAUGGGUUAGGGUUUUUCCCCCUCCCUCGGGAUGAAGCUAAUUAGCUGACACAGAUGGUCACCUCCGUUACCAAGUAAAGGCAGGAUGAAGUACGUGUGACCCAAGGGGUUGUCAAAUCCUCUUCCCUGAGGACUGAUUAGUGUUUAUCUUGAAAACAUGUGCUUAAUGGGUUGUAUAGAACAGUGACGUUUCUUUCUCUCUUUUCAACCUCAUAGCUGUUUGCCUCUAUUUCCCAUCACAUUUGAGUCGAAGGUUCUUUAUUAAUAAAAUGGUUUUUAUUUAUUUCUCUGUUGUCGUGGAGAUAAUUACCCAUUUGGGGGAAGAUUUUUUUUGUUUUCAAUUAUAUUUUGUCAACGUUUAAAUAGUAAAGAGUAUUCCUUAGGCUACGCAAGGUAGCCCACGCCUGUAGUCCCAGCACUUUAGGAGGCCAAGGCAGGUAGAUUACUUGAAGUUCGGAGUUUGAGACCAGCCUGGCCAACAUGGUGAAAGCCCGCCUCUAUCAAAAAUACAAAAAUUAGCCGGGCAUGGUCGCGCGUGCCUCUAAUACCAGUAAUACUCCGGAGGCUGAGGCAGGAGAAUCGCUUCAACCCAGGAGGCAGAGGUCGCAGUGAGCAGAGAUCACGCCCCUUCACGCCAGCCUGGGCGACAGAGGGAGACUCCCUCAAAGAAAAAGAAAAGAAAAACGUGAAAAAAAAGUAAUAGAUUUCUUCCACAAAUGUGCUGGAACAACUAACUGGAUAUCCACACGGAACAGAAUAAUGUUGGAUACCUAUGUCACACCAUCAAAAAUUUUAUUUAAAAAGGUUUAAAAAGCGAGAGAGAGAGAGAGACGGAGAGAGAGGGAGACAAGGAAGGUGGCCUUGCGGGAGGGAGUGUUACUUUGUCGCCCAGGCUGGCCUGGACCCCAGGGCUCAGCGAUCUUCCUGCUCCUACUUCCUGAGUAGCUGGGACCUCAGGCUCCCGCCUUCGCGCCUGCAUCCCUGCUGUGUUUAAGCAGCAGGUGGUGACCUCACUCCUCCCUGGCCUGAGCACUCAGUCCCGCAUCCCAGGCAGUGGCUUUAGGGAAGUCUCUGAAGCUGAGCACAGGGCGGACCCUCCCUCCCGUGUGAAUGGAGAAUAGAAAGGGAGAGGAUUUCUGUUCUGUUCUGUGGGCCGUCAGCAUGAAAUCCUAUGUUCCGCCCACGCAGGGCUUUGCAUUUCACAUUCUAGUUUGCAUCCCCGUUCCAGAAAAUUCAGGGCUUUUGAAUCAUGCCUCAUACUUCCUGGCCACUCUCGCCUCCCAAACCGGAAAAACAGAGGCGCUGGGAGCUAGGAUGUGAACACACAGGUCCCGCCACGGCCCCGCCCUCUGCCGGUUCUAAACCGCAAAGUCCGCUUCGCGCGCGGCCGCUACCCGGCCCAGGCCCCGCCCACCACCUCGCGGGGCCGCCGAGGCCUGGCUUCCGUCCUGCGCGCGCAGAUUCUCGCAAAUGUGGAAGCGGAUCGCGUGGAGUGACGGUCACACCGCGGCGAAUUAAUUUCCAAAGACUCAUGUUACAUGAGAAAGCCACCAAGAAGACCAAAGAAAAGGAGACAAGGAUGGCUCUUCCUCAGGGAUGCUUGACUUUCAGGGAUGUGGCUAUAGAAUUCUCUUUGGAGGAGUGGAAAUGCCUGAACCCUGCACAGAGGGCUUUAUACAGGGCCGUGAUGUUGGAGAACUACAGGAACCUGGAGUCUGUGGAUAGCUCUUUAAAAUCCAUGAUGGAGUUCUCAUCAACAGGGCACGGUAAUACAGGAGAAGUGAUCCACACAGGGACAUUGCAAAGAUAUAAAAGUCAUCACAUUGGAGAUUUUUGCUUCCCAGAAAUCAAGAAAGAUAUUCAUGACUUUGAGUUUCAGUGGCAAGAAAUUAAAAGAAAUGGCCAUGAAGCACCCAUGACAAAAAUCAAAAAGUUGACUGGUAGUACAGACCGAUGUGAUCAAAGACAUGCUGGAAACAAGCCUAUUAAAGAUCAGCUUGGAUCAAGCUUUUAUUCACAUCUGCCUGAACUGCACGAAUUUCAGACUGAAGGGAAAAUUGAUAAUCAAGUGGAGAAGUCUAUCAACAAUGCUUCCUUGGUUUCAACAUCCCAAAGAAUUUCUUGUAGGCUCAAAACCCAUAUUUCUAAUAGGUAUGGGAAGAACUUUCUCCAUUCUUCAUUAUUGACACAAAUCCAGGAAGAACACGUGAGAGAAAAACCUUUCCAAUGUAAUGAGUGUGGCAAAGCCUUUAAUUAUGGCUCACAUUUAAGAAGACAUCAUGUAACCCAUUCAGGAGAGAAACAAUAUAAAUGUGAUGUAUGUGGCAAAGUGUUUCAUCAAAAGCAAUACCUUGCAUGGCACCAUAGAGUUCAUACUGGAGAAAAACCUUACAAGUGUAAUGAGUGUUCCAAGACCUUCGGUCACAAGUCAUCUCUUACACGCCAUCGUAGACUUCAUACUGGAGAGAAACCUUACAAGUGUAAUGAGUGUGGCAAGACCUUCAGUCAGACGUCAUCCCUUGUAGGGCAUCGUAGACGUCAUACUGGAGAGAAACCUUACAAAUGUGAAGGAUGUGACAAAGUUUACAGUUGCAGAUCACAACUUGAAACACAUAGGCGAAUUCAUACUGGAGAGAAACCAUACAAAUGUAAGGUUUGUGACAAAGCUUUUAGGCAUAAUUCAUGCCUUUCACGCCAUAACAGAGUUCAUACUGAAGAGAAACCUUACACAUGUAAUGAAUGUGGCAAGGUUUUCCAGCGUGAUUCAUACCUUGCACAACAUCAGAGAGUUCAUACUGGAGAGAAACCUUACACAUGUAAUGAAUGUGGUAAGGUUUUUAAUCAAAAAGCACACCUUGCAUGUCAUUAUAGGCUUCAUACUGGAGAGAAACCUUACAAGUGUAAUGAGUGUGGCAAGACCUUCAGUCAGAAGUCAUCCCUUGUGGGCCAUCGUAGACUUCAUACCGGAGAAAAACCUUACAACUGUCAUGAGUGUGGCAAGACCUUUGCUCGAAAUUCAUCCCUUCUAAUUCAUAAGGCAAUUCAUACUGGAGAGAAACCUUACAAGUGUAAUGAAUGUGGCAAGGUUUUUAAUCAACAAUCAAACCUUGCACAACAUCAGAGAGUUCAUACUGGAGAGAAACCUUACAGGUGUAAUGAGUGUGGCAAGACCUUCAGUCAUAUGUCAUCCUUUGUAUACCAUUAUAGACUUCAUACUGGAGAGAAACCUUACAAGUGCAAUGAGUGUGGCAAGACCUUCAGUCAUAUGUCAUCCUUUGUAUGCCAUCAUAGACUUCAUACUGGAGAAAAUCCUUAUAAGUGCAAUGAGUGUGGCAAAGCCUUUAGUGGGCAGUCAUCACUUAUUCAUCAUCAAGCAAUCCAUGGUAUAGGGAAACUUUACAAAUGUAAUGAUUCUCACAAAGUCCUCAGUAAUGCUACAAGCAUUGCAAAUCAUUAGAGAAUCCAUAAUGAAGAGAGAUCUUACAAGCGUAGUAAAUGUGGCAGAUAUUUCAGACAUUGUUCAUAGCUUGCAGUUCAUCAGUGAACUCAUACUGGAAAGAAACGUUACAAAUGUCAUGAUUGCAGCAAGGUCUUCAGUCAAGCUUCAUUUUAUGCAAAACACAGGAGAAUUCAUAUGGGAGAGAACCUCACAACUGUGACAAUUGUGGCAGUCAUUUUUUUUUUUUCUUUUUUCAGAUGAAGUCUUACUCUUUUGUCCAGGCUGGGGUGCAGUGGCGUGAUCUCGGCUCACGGCAACCUCCACCUCCCAGGUUCAUACGAUUCUCCUUCCUAGCCUCCUGAGUAGCUGGGACUACAAGCAUGCUCCACCAAGCCUGGCUAAUUUUUAUGUUUUUAGUAGAGACAGGGUUUCACCAUGUUGGCCUGGUUGCUCUCAACUCUUGAUCUUGUGAUCCGCCUGCCUCGGCCUCCCAAAGUGCUGGUAUUACAGGCAUGAGCCACCACGCCCAGUGUGGCAAUGUCUUUACUUUACAUUCACACCGCAUUAGACAUCAGGGAAUCUAUACUGGACAGAAAUCUUACAAAUGGAAUAGGUGUGGCAAUGUCUUUAGUCUGAGGUCACUCCUUGCAGAACAGUAGAAAAUUCAUUUUUGAGAUAAUUGUCCCAAAUACAAUUACUAUAGAAAAUGACAAACUUUAAUUGACAUUAGAGUCAAUUCUGCAUUGACUAGAGUUUGAGUUGACUUAACAUUGAGUUCAAGCAUUAAUUGACAUAAAAAGUGUUUACGUUAAGAAGAAUGGGCAGGGUGUAGUUGCUCACACCUAUAAUCCCAGCACUUUGGGAGGCCAAGGCAGACAGAUCACUUGAGGUCAGCAGUUUGAGACCAGCUGGGCCAACAGACCUGAACCAGUUUGCCCAGCCUGUUUUUUCUUUCCUUCUUUCUUUCUUUUCUUUUCUUUUUUUUUUUUUUUUUUUUUUUUUUUUGAGACAGAGUCUUUCUCUUGUCGCCCAAGCUGGCGUGCAAUGGCACAAUCUUGGUUCACUGCAACCUCCACCUCCUGCAUUCAAGCAAUUCUCUUUUCUAAGCCUCCCAAGUAGCUGGGAUUUCAGAUGUGUGCCACCACACCACAUAGUCCCUCUCCACAGAGAUGGUUGAGAAGGCUGAUGGAAAAGCCAGAUACUUGUUCUACAGCUUUCCCUGACACUAGUAUAUCAUCCACAUACUGGAGCAUAGAUAUACACUUUGGGAUGCUCAUCUUUUCUAACACCUCCUCAAGAAUUUGGCCAAACAAGUUAGGAGAAUCUGUAAAUCCUUGGGGUAAGACUGUCCGGCAGUAUUGUUGUUUUCACCCAGAGUGAGAAUCUUCCCAUUCAAAAGUGAAUAUAUCCUGACUAUCUUCAGCUAAAGGACAUGCCCAGAAGGCAUCUUUCAGGUCUAUUUCUGUAAACCACUGAUGGUCAUAUGGAAUUUUGCUGAGAAUAGUAUAUGGAUUGGGAACAACAGGAUGAGUGGUUUGAACAGUUUGAUUAAUGGCUUGAAGAUCUUCUACAAGCCAGUAUCACCAAUCUGACUACUUUACAAGUAAUAUUGGAGUAGUAUAGGGAGACAUGCACAGUUCAAGUAGCCCAUCUCAGAUAAGGCUCUCAAUUAGAGGUUUUAAACCUAAUCUACCUUCUAAGGGAAUUGGAUAUUGGUUUCUUUUCACUGUUUCCCUGGGAGUUUUUAACUUUAUGUGAAUUGGAGGAACUUGUAGCUUCCUUCAAUUUCCCUCCCUUGACCACUCAUUAGCAUUGAUGUAGCUUUCUUCUGCUGUAGUAAACAGGUUUAAUGAAGUGAAGAAUCCUUCUGGGCUUACAUGCAAGCCUAUACCUAACUUUGCCAUUAGGCCACUUCCUAACAAGUUUGUCCCAGCCUUAGGAAGUAGCAAAAAUUUAACAUUGGUUGAUCGGGUUUCAAAUCUGACUUCUGUUUUUUCUGAGACUUUGGCUUUAAAUCCUUGCCCUUUGACUCCUAAAACUUGAAGUUCUUCUAAUAAACAAUUUAUAUUAGAGGGCACAAAACAAACAGAGGAGUGGGAAGCUCCUGAGUCUAUUAGAAAAGUAAUAAGUUCGGCUGGGUGCCAUGGCUUACACCUGUAAUCCCAGCACUUUGGGAGGCCGAGGUGGGCGGAUCACCUGAGGUCGAGAGUUCGAGACCAGCCUGACCCACAUGGAGAAACCCCAUCUCUACUAAAAAUACAAAUUUAGCCAGACUUUGUGGCACAUGCCUAUAAUACUAGCUACUUGGGAAGGCUGAGGCAGGAGAAUCACUUGAACCUGGGAGGUAGAGGUUGCAGUGAGCCAAGAUCACGCCAUUGCACUCCAUCCUGGGCAACAAGAACAAAACUCUGUCUCAAAAAAAAAAAAGAAAGAAAGAAAAGUAACAAGCUCAUGUUUUGGUCCCACCUUUAAAUUUACCACAGGCUCUCAGUGGGACUGGAGAUAGAAAAGACAGAGCCCUUGACUUCCUUAUUCUUUAAAUUCCUUAAGUGGGAUUUUUUUUUCUCCUUUCUCCACUCAGGACAUUCUCUUUUGAAAUGACCUAAUUUUCCACACUUGUAACAUUUGUCUUGUCCCUCUCCCUUUUCAGUUUUUGGAGUCUUAGGGUACUGGGUUUGCUUUCCCUUUUUACCUGUCUUUGAGUUCUGUGGCCCCCCUGUCUCAUAUCUUUUGUGAGGCCUGGCAAAUGGAAGCUUAAGCUUGGCCUCUGGUGCAUUCUGUCAGAAAAUUUUUCUUUUUGCUUUGGUUUUUCUUCAUCCCUCCUUACAUAUACUUUUUGAGCUUAUUCUAAGAAUUCCCGUAUAGACUGUUUUUUCCAGUUUUCUAGUUUCUGUAACUUUUUUGCAAUGGCUUGCUAAAUGGCUACCAAUGGCUAGCUAUUGGUAACAAAAUGUAGCUUUAACAUUUCUUGCCUGCUAGGGUCUUCUGGAUCCAAAUGUGCAUAUUUUCUCAUUUGUUCUCGUAGUCUUUUUAGAAAGUUUAUAGGGCUUUCAUCUUUUUUCUGUUUUAUCUAAAAUGCUCAGGAAAGAUUCUGAGCACAGGGCACUGACUCCUGAAUUCCUUUAAUUAUCAUUUCCCUUAUAUCUUUCAUGAAUUUUUAGUGGACUGUGUCGUUAUCCCAUUGAGGAUCUUGGGUCGGGAAUUUCUGGUCUACAAUGGGAACGUUUUGGCUGGAUAGGUAUUUACGUUCCCAAACUCUCAUAGCAGUCCUGCAAAUCAACUGCCUUAUAUAUAAUACUCCAAUAUUACCUGUAAAGUUGUCAGAUGUGUCAUACCGGCUCAUACAAGAUCUUUUGUAUUAUUUUAUAAAACGAUACAAAAGCUGCAAAGCCACCAGCCUGCGUGCUUCCCAUGGAGAAGUUGGGACUUCCUGACAACUGCACAAACUCACGUGGGGGAUUUCAAUAUCCCAAAGCACGCAGAUUCCUGGUGUGGCUGGACUUGGUGCUGGGGUGCUGCGAAAGCCAGGUUUGAAGCAGAAAGACAAAAAAACCACUCACCUGUGUCAGCCUCGAGUGCUGAAGAACAACCGUGUGUGGGCCUUCAACCCUGUCUGGGUGGGUUCUGGACAGUGGGUGGGGACCCGGCGGGAGAAGGGAAAGGUCGUUGAGGGGGCAGGGCAUGAAAACUGUUGCUGGAGCUGGGCAAGAGGGUGGAGGCUGCUUUGGAAGCUGGGCCUGGUUAGAGGGUGGAGGUGGAGGUAGGGCCUGGAGUUUCAAGCUUCAGCCAUGCAUAGACUAGUCAGCUUCUGGUGUGUGACUAGAACAGGGCUUGUUCCCUCAAGCUUCAGCUGUGCAUAGACUGGUCAGACUCCGUAGUGACUAGAGCAGGCAGUCUUCUUUAGCAGCAGCUUGAUCUCAUCUCAGGAUCAGCCAAGUUGGAUGAUCUGGGUCCUGCUGGCUUGUCUACUUGUCUUGAGCUGCCAGUUUCAGCUGACUGUGGUGGAUCUAAGGCACAACACCUGCAACUUUAACAGCAGUGGGACUGGACAAGAUUACAGUAUAGGGCUUAUAUUGUAUGAGUCUUAGAGAAGUUGGAUUCUACAUAGCUGGUGGCCUUGUAGCUGUGUCAAAAAAAAGAACUGGCUAAAUACAGACAUUUGUAAAACAUAGUCAUGCUUAAGAGACUAGGGAAAUGAGUAACAGUAGAAGAAUUUGUCUUUCUCUCUCUCUCUCUUUUUUUUCCCUUCACUUUGUUCUGGAAUUUAAAAAGUGUCUAGAGCCCAUUCCUUUAGCCUUAGCUUUUUGGACAGCGUUAUCUUAUAACUUUCCUUGAAGUGAGCUGCUAAGCAGAAGAAAACUUGUUUCUUUUUCUUUUUAACCUUUACCACAAUUCUGUGGGCCAAAGGGAUCAGGAGACAGACAUACAGCAGUAGAAAACCUGAGACAGAGAAAAGAAGAAUGAGAAAGACUCAUAACAGAUGGUAAAGUAGAGGAGGGGUGAGGGAUUUGCCAAGAGGUGACAAAAGUGAAAAAAAAAAAAGAUAAGAAAGCAGGAGGAGAAAAGCAACUGGAGAAAUGUAGAGAAAAGCUAGAUGUACAGAGAGAUGAAGAACAGCAAGGCAGGAAGAGGGGCAGCAAAGAGGGAGGCUCAUCAGAGUGAGGGAGAGGAGGAGGGAUUUGCAGCCAGGACAGACAGAGUAGAGUGGUGCUGGUGGCAAGGAGAACAGAGGAAGAACAACAGCAGGGAACACAGCUGGGAAUCUAGGGUGCCAGAGAGUGGGUACAGAGGGGUAGAACAGGGAAGAGAUAAUUUAACAGGGAGAAAAGAGGAGGUGCAGAGAUGGGAGAAGAGGUGGAAAUAUACGGAGAUUGAGGAUGAUUGAAAGACUGGGGAGAAGGAGGAACAAGAGGUUAUAUAAGUUCCAAGGAUGAAGCAGAAGAGGUGGAAGAGAAGGAAUAGAGGUAAGAAGGGAAUAAACAGCAGGAGAAGAGAGGGGUACAGAAUGAGGUGCAGAAUCCCAGGGAAAUAGAAAAAAAAAGAGCUAGAGAGAGAAGGAGAGAAUGAGAGAUAUUUACAGAAUUAGGGAGGGAAGCACAGUAAUGAAGAAAGAGGGGCUGGGCACAGUGACUAAUGCCUGUAAUCCCAGCAUUUUAGGAGACUAAGGCAAGGGGAUUGCCUGAGUCCAGGAGUUUGAGACCAGUGUGGGCAACAUAGUGAGACCCCCCCAUCUCUUCCAAAAAACAAAAAUUAACAGGGCAUGAUGGUGCACACCUGUACUCACAGCUACUCUAGAGGCCAAGGCAGAUGAGUGAGUGAGUUCAUUGGAUAUGAUUACUUGUGACAUCUUCACUUCUGUGUAUAUAAUAAAUAAAUUAUUUAAAUUAUACAGAUGAAACUGAGAAUUUUAAAAUGCCUAUCUAUAAGACAUGUACAUUCUAUAAAUCUUGGCAUCAGAGGUUAGUUUCCACUUGGAAUCCCUAUUCAGCCACAGGAUAGUGAUUUAUUCACUUGAGAGUCACUCUCUUCCCUUUUUGCAGGGUGGUGUAGGAAGUGGGGUGGUGAGGUGGGAAAAAAAUCACUUUCUGUUAUUACAUAAUGUGGGAAAUGAGAGGACUGGAGAGAUCGAUGGGUGAAACAUAGGGGUUUUAUUAAGGUGCACACCAGCUCAGUGGACUCACAUCCAGAAAGCUAAGCCCAGAACAAAGACAGAGCUGGGCUUAUAUAGGCAAGCUUACAGAAGCAGGACAAAGAUAGUAAAUCAUACAGUGACAGGUUAUGUAAUCUAUACCAUAACUGCUGCCUUGGUAUAACUUGUGGCCUUGCUUAGCUGUGACCUUGCAGAUGCAUCAAAAGAAAAACAGGAACUUACAGAGUUUGCUAAAUACAGACAUGCAGACAUUUGCAAAAAUAGUCAAAAUUAAUGAUUCUGGGAAAGGAGAGACAGUAAAGGAAUUUGUUUUCUUAACCAUGUGUAGUUGGGGGGGAUGUAUCCAGUUUCUUAGACUGGGUCACCACAAACCUUUCUAUGGCCUUUCAUGUUACUAUCCUUGGAGUGAGUUAGCUCAGCAGAGGAAAAUUUGCUUUCUUCUUUAAUUUCUGCCUCAAUAAUACUUUUAAUUUAAUUAACUAAUUAAUUAAUAUUUUGAGAUAGCAUCUGGCUCUAUCACCCAGGAUGGAGUGCCAUGGAGUGAUCUCCUCUAACUGUAGCCUUGACCUCUGGGGGUCAAGUGAUCCUCGUACCUUGGCCUCCCGAGUAGCUAGGACCACAGGCAUGAGCCACCAAUCCCAGCUAGUUUUGUUGUUGUUGUUGUUGUUUGGAGAAAUGGGAUUUCACUGUUUCCCAGGCUGGUCUCAAAUUCCUUGAUGCAAAGGAUCUUCGUGCCUUGGACCCUCAAAGUACCAGCAUUACAGGGAUUAGCCACCACACCUGGCCUACAUAUAAUUUUUUAAAGGAAUAUCAAACCAUGGUGGCUCAUGCCUGUAAUCCCAGCACUUUGGGAACCUGAGAUGAGCAGGUCACCUAAGGUCAGGAGUUUAAGACCAGCCUGGCCAACAUGGUGAAACCUGGUCUCUACUAAAAAUACAAAACUUAGCUGGGCGUGGUGGCAUGCACCUGUAGUCACAGCUACUCAAGAUGCUGAGGCAUGAGAAUCACUUGAACCUGGGAAGUAGAGGUUGCAGUGAGCCGAAAUCAUGCCACUGCCCUGCAGCCUGGGUGGCAGAGCAAGUCUCCAUCUCACAAAAACAAGCAAACAAACAAAAAAUAAACAAAAUCAAAAACAGGAACAUGAAAACUGCUUUUGUUCUCUUGUGUAAUAGAUUUACUUUAUUUUUUUUUUCUGUUUCCUCUUCAUUUUUCUAUUUUUCUUUCUUUAUCCUUUUUUUGGCGGGGGGGCAGAAUCUCACUCAGUCACCCACACUGGAGUGCAGUGGCAUGAUCUUGGCUCACUGCAACCUCUGUCUCCCGGGUUCAAGUGAUUCUUUUGCCUCAACCUCCUGAGUAGGUGGCACUACAGGUAUAUGUCAGCACGCCCAGCUAAUUUUUGUAUUUUCAGUAGAGAUGGAGUUUCACCAUGUUGGUCAGGCUGACCUUAAACUCCUGACCUCAGGUGAUCUGCACAUCUUUGCCUCCCAGAGUGCUGGGAUUACAGGCGUGAGCAUCUGUGCCUGGCCAAGAUAAAUCUUAGUUUUCAAAAUUUCUUUUUUAAUACAUAAUCACUUCUGAAAGAUGCCUUUGUUGCAUCCUGUAAUCAGCUCACAUCAUUUUUUUCUGUACAUGUAUGUUUUUCAGUUAUUUUCCUGUUGACCCCAGAAUUUGUUAUAUUUUUUGAAACAAUUUCAAAAUAGUUUCUGUUUGUGUCUGGUUCAGAUCGAGAUGUGCAUGCUUUCUAGUCUUUAUUAUUUAUUGGAAACCUUUGGUACCUAAUGCAGAGGUUUGAUUGUUUCAGUGUGUACCCGGUAAAGAUGUCAGUGACCUUUUACCAUAACAUCAAAGUGUAGUUUAACCAGUUAGUCUAUUUUUCAGUUUUCUUUCCUUAUGUCAUUUGUUAAAAUCUUGAGCUGUAAGCUAUUAAGUGCAUGUUUCCCUCAGGCCCUCUGGUCCAUUCUGGACAAAUGUUGAAAGAUGGGCUGGAUUGGCACGGAACGCUGUGCCAAAAGCACCCCUUUUUUUUUUUUUUUUUUUUUUUUUUUUUUUAAGAUGGAGUUUUGCUCUUGUUGCCCAGACUGGAGUGCAAUGGUGAGAUCUCAGCUCACCACAACCUCCUCCUCCCGGGUUCAAGCUAUUCUCCUGCCUCUGCCUCCCAAGUUGCUGGGACUACAGGUGCCUGUCACCACGCCCAGGUAAUUUUUUGUAUUUUUAGUAGAAAUGGAGUUUCACCAUGUUGGCCAGGCUGGUCUCAAACUCCUGACCUCAGGUGAUCCACCUGCCUCGACCUCCCAAAAAGCUGCAAUAUCAGGCAUGAUCCAUCGCACCCGGCCACCCAUGUAUUCUUGAUUGAAAACAUUUGCUCAUGUCUUAGUUCUACAGCUGACCUUCUUUCACUGUUUUCAAGGUCAAUAACUGUGUGUUCACACUUCUGCAUUUUAUAAAUGUUCCUGUGAUUUUCUUGUAAUGAAGAAUUAAAUGUUGGGAGUCAGUGGCAUCAGAACCUUGCAAAAGAGGUUUUUUUAGCCCAGGUAUGUGGAAGACACUUCUUUAAUUUUCAAUAAUGGGUGUGAUAAAGACCAACCCUUCCCAUUAGCCCUUCCAGGCCCACAUGUAAGAAUUCAGACACAUCUUUUCACUCAUCUCAGACCUUCUCAGUGUAACUCAGUGAAAAUGUCUUCACUCUGAGCCUCAGUGAGCCUCCCUGCAACUUGCAGAUGAGGGGCUACACCGGAAAAGCUCAACCUGAGUGACCCUGGCCCCUGAAAUGAUUGGCAAAAUAGAGUGGGUGUCUGGGUGUGGCUUUUUUUCUGUGAGAGGGGACUGUCCAGUUGUAAUUAGAAUUUUAAAUGGGAUGCAGUACCCUAAAAAUGAAAAAAAAAAAAAAAAGCAGAAGAAUGGAAGAAACAGAGUUGUAGACUCAGACACAGAGACCAUCUUCGGGGCCUUUCUCUGUGUGAGGACAUCACAGCGAAAUCUAAAGCAGGUCAUGUGAGUCCCUGGCAGGGAACCCUCCACCAGCUUCCCGUGUUCCCCAGGACAAAAGCCCCACUCCUCACUGUGGCUCCACAGCCCUGUGUCCAGGGCCCCUGCCAGUGUCCAGCCUCCUCCUGGGAGCUUGCCCUCAUCUCAUGACUACCUUUGCCCCAGUCACAGUUGCUUUUCUCUUUUCCCAAACAUGAAAACCCUUCCUGUCUCAGGUCAUUGUCCCUGCUCUUACACUAUGUACCUAAAUGAUGACAGCACUGUCCCUUUCUCCUCCUUCAGGUCUAGGCUCAGAGAUGUCUCCCAUGCCCUCCCACCCCCAUCUGAAGAUUCCACUGCCUGUCAGUCUCUCAUGUUACUCAGAAAUUUUUUUUUUUUUUUUUUUUUUAAGACAGAGUUUUGCUCUUGUCACCCAGGCUGGAGUGCAAUGGCACAAUCUCGGUUCACCACAACCUCCACCUCCCAGGUUCAAGCAAUUCUCCUGCCUCAGCCUCCCGAGUAGCUGGGACUACAGGUGCAUGCCACAACACCCAGCUAAUUUUUUGUAUUUUUAGUAAAGAUGGGGUUUCACUGUGUUGACCAGGAUGGCCUCAAUCUCCUGACCUCUUGAUCCACCCACCUCAGCCUCCCAACGUGCUAGGAUUACAGGAGUGAGCCACCAUGCCCGACAGUUGCUCAGGAUUUUUAUCUCUGCAUCACUCACAUCGUUAAUCCUUUUUUUUUUUUUUUUUCUAUUUGAGACAGAGUCUGACUCUGUGGUCCAACCUGUGAGUGCAGUCUCUUUUUCUUGACUCACUGCAACCUCUGUCUCCUGGGUUCAAGCGAUUUUUGUGCCUCAGCCUCCCAAGUAGCUAGGAUUACAGGUUUGUGCUACAAAGCUGGCUAAUUUUUGUAUUUUUAUUUUUAGUUUAUUGUAUAUUUGAGUCUCACUCUGUCACCCAGCUGGAGUGCAGUGGCAUGAUCUCGGCUCACUACAACCUCCACCACCCAAGUUCACUGGAACCUCCACUCCUAGGUUAAAGCGAUUCUCCUACCUCAGUCUCCCCAGUAGCUGGGAUUACAGAUACCCACCAAGCCUGGCUACUUUUUGUGUUUUUAGUACAGACAGGGUUUCACCAUGUUGGCCAGGCUGGUCUUGCACUCCUGACCUCAAGUAAUCUGCCCAUCUCAGCCUUCCAGAGUGCUAGUAUUACAGGCAUGAGCCAUGGUGCCCAGCCCAAUUUUUGUAUUUUUGGUAGAGACAGGGUUUCACCAUGUUGACCAGGUUGGUCUUGAACUCCUGAGCUCAAGUAAUCCUCCCACCUCAUUUUCCUAAGUAGCUGGGACCACAGACACACAGACAUGCACCACUAACCCAGUUCAUGAUAGACCCUUGGACUUUACUGUUAUGGAAAAUGUAUAUAAAGAAAUAUCAGUGUGUCAAAACAUUAUGUCUGUCACAAGCUGGUGAAAGAAAAAUAAAAAUUACUAAGCCAAAGAGAAAAGUCAAGCUAGGAACUGUGUCAGACAAACUUGCCUCCCGUUUUAUUCCUAAACAAGAUAGCUACAAGGAUUUUUAAAAAGUUACAGAGAGGCUGAUCACCUGAGGUCGGGAGUUCGAGACCAGCCUGACUGACAUGGAGAUACCCGGUCUUUACUAAAAAUACAAAAUUAGCCAGGUGUGGUGGUGCCUGCCUGUAAUCCCAGCUACUCAAGAGGCUGAGGCAGGAGAAUCGCUUGAACCCAAGAGGCGAAGGUUGCAGUGAGCCGAGAUUGGGCCACUGCACUCCAGCUUGGGCAAGAGCAAAACUGUCUCAAAAAAAAAAAAAGAAGAAAGAAAAGCUACAAUACUCCCCUCACAAACUGGAAGCCUCAAGCUCUUCACCCUAAAAUAGUUCUGUUGAAUUUCACCCUGGCAAUGUAAACUGAUAGCUUAUCUGCACAGGUGUGGGACAGAACCCGUCCCUCUGCACACCUGAGUCAAAUGCCUAUCUGACUGUUUCCCCUGCCCUAUUUAUGUAAAAAUUCAGAGUCAAUGAGCCAGAUUAAGGCAUAAGUGACUAUUCCUCUACUCCCUCUCAUAUAUAAAUUGUGUAUUCAGUGAAAGGCUGAUGAGUCACUCAAAGAAUAUGAUAAUUUAUUAUCUACCUGUGACCCGGAAGCCCCCCAAUUCCAGUUUUUCCACCUUUCCAGACCGAAUUAAUGUACAUCUUAUAUGUAUUGAUUGAUGUCUCAUGUCUCUGUAAAAUAUGUAAAACCAAACUGCAGCCUGAAAACCUUGGGCACCUGUGGUCGGGACCGCCUGAGGCUGUGUCACAGGUGCAUUUUUAACCUUGGCAAAGGAGAUUUCUAAAUUGAUUGAGACCUGUUAGAUACUUUUGGUUCACAAGCUCAUGAACACAGAAAAAAAAGAAUAGGAAAAAAACUAGCACAAAAUCAGUUCCAAAAUGAUCGCGAUGCCGCCAUUGCACUCCAGCCUGGGCAACAAGAGAGAAACUCCAUCUCAAAAAACAGUAAAAGAAAAGAAAAGAACUAGGUGUAAUGGAAAACACGAAAUCAGUUCCAAAAUCUGAACUCCUUCAUAUUUAUUCAACAUAGGGAAAUGCUCUUCAACUUUGUGUGGUUAGAUUCCAUUUAUGAAUGAUAUAUUUCUAAUAUUUGAUUAAAAUAAAAACCCAUGCUAUGUAAUUUUAGCCAAUUUAAAGCUGCAAAUAAUAAAUGAUCAAUUAUAUACAUACAUGAAACUUCCUAAUAUUUCGCUUAGUAUUGCUAUUGCUAUGUUCUUGAGGCAGACGCUCCGUCUGUCAGAUAGAUACAUUACCAGAGCUUGGUGUCUUCCAUAUUUGUGCUUAGGACUCUGUGGUGCAUGAGUGUAUAAACUUAAGCAGGAACCUAGGAGAGCUAGAGCGUGGGGGCGGUGCCUGGAACAAGACUGGGGCGGGGCAAGAGGGAGGAGGCCGCCUGGGGGCCAGGCCAUACAACGGGAAAGGGCAGAACCAGAGGGUUAUCGUCAUCUUGGGGGCGGGGUCUGGAGGGGGUGUUGUUCUGAAGGGUGGGGGCCUGCAAGGGUCGGGUUCGGGCUCUCUCCUCAGCUGGGCCCCGGAUGUCGCCUGCUGUCAUCCUCUUGCCCGCCUGGACUAAAUCCUCCGAGUUCUGAUUGGUGGAUUGGUUCUGAUGUGCCGUGAUAUUACCCCUAAUAUCACAGGGAUGUUUCCUGCCCAUUUCAAGUUAGUGUUUCAGACAAUCGAAGAUAAAACAACAUGUUGUAGUAGGCCACCUGUACUGAACGCUGAAUCGUUUUUCCUCUUAAGUUGAAAAUGGUUUUAAUGCAAAGCGCCUUGUUUGAGCAGGCAGAGUCCUGCAGUCGGGGCGAACUCCCCCCUCAGUCUGGGGCAGCGCAGUGGGGAGGGCAGGGACCUCAGUAAAGGGGUGGAGUGGGGCGCUGCUUGCAGAGGGGACUGAGAAUUAGUCAGUAGAACUGCUUGAACCCAGGAGGUGGAGGUUGCAGUGAGCUGAGAUUGCACCACUGGGCGACAGAGCAAUACUGCCUCUCAAAGAAAAAUAAAAAAGAGUUUUCCUGUCAAUAAUUGGGAAGACUAAGCAGCCCCAGAGAUAAGACCUCAUGGGAUCAUUGUUACUUCUUAUGGAGUGAUAAAGUGACCUUCCUCGAAUUGUAUCAAUCCACAACCAAUCAAGUUGCUGCAACCUAUGCACUGGGCUUGAAUGAAAACUGUCAUGAUUCUGCUAAAGCUUCUCUGUCUUUCCCUGUGUGUGAAACCUUAACGUCUCUACUUUGGAACGCCAAUCUCAUUCAUUUGGAGUUGGUGUUUCCAGGUGGCUAUCCUCAAGCUUUGUGUUCACAUAAACUCAGUACUUAAUCGUAUAUUCUAAAUUUUAUUAUUUACUGCUGACGUCAGUUUCUGUCAGAUUGUAGGCGCCUGACCAGAGAGGGCACGUGUCGCUAUGUUGUAAAACUCACACUCGUCAAAAAGACAUGGGUUAGGGUUUUCCCCCUCCCUCUGGAUGAAGCUAAUUAGCUGACACAGAUGGUCACCUCCAUUACCAAAUAGAGCCAGGAUGAAAUAUGUGUGACCAAGAGUGUUGUCAAGUCCUCUUCCCUGAGGACUGAUUAGUGUUUAUCUUGAAAACAUGUACUCAAUGGGUUGUAUAGAACAGUGAAGUUUCCUUGUCUCUUUUCAACGUCUUAGCUGUUUGCCUCAAUUUCCCAUCAUAUUCUGGUUUAAGGCUUAUUUAUUAAUAAAGUGGUUUUUAUUUCUUUCACUAUUA